AUCGCGCAUGCGCUGUAAAAUUGAAAAAAAGUAUCAGUAUGGCGGCGGUUAGUCCAGGAUAAGAUUUUCUUAAAAUUUGAAGAAAUUGAUAUAUUGAUAGAGUAUCAGGAUGGCACAUCAACUUCAUUUAGAGAAGGAAAAAUACAGACAGUGGGUAAAGGCUGGUUUAGGACUUGGAUAUUUAAAGGAUGGACUGGUACCAUUCUGUAAUGACAUAGCUGACCAACAACAUACGGAUAUCUUACAAAACAUUCGUUCUACAAAAUCACUACCAUCAAUUGUGACGUGUGGCAGCUGUCAAGUUGAAACUCUCAAGCCAGACCAUAAGCCAGUAGGGAAUGCUAAAAACAGAGUUUGUCCUCUUGGACAAGUAAAAUGCAGCUGUUGCUUUAAGGGCAAAAAUGCUUGUCCGAACAACAUAUGUGGCGCCAUCCAUGAUUUUAUUGUUCAGAAUCAAGCAUCCUCGCCACCUGCACCUAACUGGAAAAACAGCAAUGCUCAACAGUGGGUGACAGACGCAUUUGUAAGUGUUUUAUAAAUGCUCCAGGGUACG